AUGGCACAACUAUCCGAUCAUUAUAAUGGCCAAGAAUGGCAGAAUAAUUUACAUAAAUGGAUCCAUCAACUAGCGUCCAUGAACAGUGGAGAUGUUCAACUCAAUCAGCAACAAAUUCAAUCGCUCUUGGACAAUUGCGUCAGUAAAAUGCAUCAGGUCAAAGAUUACUUGUUGGACUUGAUAAAGCUUCUAGCAAAUUUUUUCUCAAAUACUGCAUUAGUGCUGUCAAGUGAAUUAGCCGCCGGUAGUUUGAAUUGUUUACAAUUAGUUCUAAGCUGUUGCCAACAAUUUUCAUCGGAUACCGAUAUAGCUCAAGCCAAGAUGAUUUUACUGAAACGAUUGCAGUAUAACUUACGUAGAGAAACUUCGCAUAGUAAUACACGCAACGACUCCACUGAAGGCCAUCCGGAACUUAUGCCAUCAUCUGAGCAAUUUAUUUACCAGCUAACUUCCAAGUUUGCUAAGCUAGAACGGACAAAAUGGAGUCCAAAACUCCAGUGUUUCCUACCGGUUAGAAAUAAAUGUGGUAAAAUGAUUCGUACCUUGACGGAAGAUAUUCUAUUACAAUAUCUGCAUUCCGAUAGUUUGCAACCUUUGAUUCUCGAACUAAUCAAUUUACCUUCUGACUUUAUAACUUUAAAAGAUAAUCAACUGCAAGUUGAAGAUAGUAUACCUACAUCGUUUCUUGAAAGUAUUAUAGAAAUAAACAGAAUCAGCAAUAAAAUUACCGACAACCGAACUAUUGAAAUUAUAAAUACUAGAAUUUGGCAUCGAAAUUUUGAUAUGUUUGAAAGUGAAUUGCUCAAGGUACUAAAAGAGACCAUAUCAUCUGAAGAUGUAUUAACAGCUGAAGAGAUUCGAAAUCAUAUUCAAGACCAUGUUAUAGUGAAAGUGUGCGCUGCUUCGCCGUGUUUAUUUGAAGUAGCAUCUAGACUAUUAUGGAUUGAUAAAGAUCUUUGGUGGUUAAUAAUAUGUUUUGGCCGAAUCCUUAUGCAUGUGGCAAUAGAUGUGGCACUAGUUGGAAAUGAACAGUAUGUUGAUGACGCUAUUCAAAUAUUAUUUUGGCAUGCUACUCCGUUAGUUCGUACACUUGGCACUACAGAUACGAGCAAUUUUCGUGAUUUCGUCGCCUAUUUGAGAGAUUAUAUAAAGUCUAAAGGAAAUCCUGAAGUAUCGAUGAAUGAAAAAGUAAUCCCAUUUAACAACUAUGGUUUAAAUAUUGUCGCCAGCUUUGUGAUUUUGAUGCUACCUUUACACUUAUCAUCAACAUUAGAAAUCAAGCGUAUAUGUAAACCAAUUUGUCUAGCAUUAAUUGGCAAUACAAGGGAUUAUCUCGAAGUUAUAUUACACCUUCUUGAUGAUCAUCAAGUAAAAUGGAAGAAAAUUGAUGACACACACAUUCAUAUUUAUACUGAUAUACUUCACGAUCUGAUUCAAUCCAUCGAGAGCGAAUUAAAAGCAAUCGAUAAUAAUACUUUAAAUCUUAAGAAGAAUACAAUCAAUUACUUAGAAAGCUAUAAAAAUAGAGUGCAAUCAUUAAAGAUAGUACUUACGGCUUUAGUCUGCCAAAUAACCAAGUAUUAUGGUCUUCGACAGAUCUACGACGCUAAUUAA